AUGGAUCUAAUAUUGAAAAGUGAGCUCUGCAACAUGUUUAUAUGGCCUUAUGACAACGAAAUUCCACAUCUUCCUCUCAUUGGUGCCUUUGGAGAUGAAUCUUCUGCUGAAAUUCAGCCCUCUUUUCCUUCAAAAAUUCUUAAUUUUGUGAAGGUUGAUUGCAGUAGAUUUGCCAACCUUAAAAACACAGUAAUCCGGCGAAAAAUUUUGUGCGAGAUAUGCGGAAGAUCAUUUAAAAACUACAAAGGUUUAAGGCAGCAUUCAGGAAAACUCCAUAGUAAAAUUGAAAAAAUUCAUCAAUGCGAAAUUUGUGAUAAAAAGUUCAAUAGCAAAUUCUGAACUUGAAAAUUUAUAGGAAAUUUUUUAUAAAAAAUGGAUAAUUUUGUUUAUUAAAAAUUAAAAUUCUGUGCGAAAUAUCACAUGGAACAAGUUCACCAAGACGUCAAAAAAGUCAAAUGUUUGCAAUGCGGAUUAACUCUUUACAACAAGUAUGCGUUCAAAAAGCAUAGCAUGCUUGUGCAUCCUUCAAGCAUGCUCGACGAGUAA